GAAUAGUAGGUUUAAAAUUUGAAUUUACGAUACAUGAAUAACUACUCUAAAAAUAUCUCAAGUUCAAUUUCCCACACGCUAUAUAUAUAUAACGCAUCCAACUACAACACCCUGCAUUCACUUUGUCACUUCCAUACAUGAGUGUAAUUGGAGCCACUACGAGUUCAAAUACAAACGAGAGUAUAUGGAGAGUAACAAUUACUCGGCGCCGCCACACGUACACGGCGGAGAUGCAUCUCGACCGUCGCUGGGAUUCCCGUUGGGGACAGCACUGCUCUUAAUAAUCAUAUUCAGCCUAAGCGGAAUCUUCUCAUGUUGCUACCAUUGGGACAAACUCCGCUCCUUCCGUCAAUCUCAAUCUACACCCUCCUCCUCUUCCUCCCCCUCUCAUCCUUCCCUAUCCCCCAUUAAACCCAACCUCAUCUGCACGAGCAAAGGGGACAGCUUGCCGGUCUUGAUGCCGGGGGAUCUGCUUCCCAAAUUCAUAGCCAUGCCAUGUCCCUGCCAGCCUUCCCAUCCGGAAAACAUCCUUGUCACCGUCCAACACCCGCCGCCCAAACCACCGCGCCUUCCGGUGCCUUUCUAUUAAUUCAAUUAACUACAAUUCUUCCUCUUAAUUUAAGCUUUCUUUUACUUUUGUUUUCAGUUUUUAUCUUUUGGGAUUUUGCGAAUAAUGUACAUGUGAACUAAUUAAUUCAGAUGUAUUUUAUUCGCAAAUUCCUAUAAACUAACAGAAAUGAAAAUAGAAGGGUAAAUUCGGUACUUAAUUUUCUUUCUCUAUAGAUGUAUGUAUAUACAUGUGGUAUGUAGUUGUAACAAUUUCUGUGAUGAAGAACUAAGAAAAAGGUAAAGAAGAGGAGGUAGAAGGUCAAUUCGUAGAUUAA